AGAAUGGAAAGAUGUAUCUGAUUGGCUGAAAAACUUGUUAUUCUACUGACACAAGAAUAGAAAUGGACAAAUUACUAAAUGCCUACAUUCAGAAGAUGUGUGAUUAAUAGUUCCAAUGUCGAUAAAUUCAACUGAAACUGGAAUUGUCAGUUAUGGCCGCGAUUGGUAUGGAAUUCAGGGAACCGUCUACAGCACAAGAGAAGCUAAACUUAAGCAAAAACACGCCAGUGUCAUGGAAGCGUCAUAUCAUUCUGCAAUUGAAACACCGGGAUAAGUCACAGAAGACAAUAUUUCAAGAUGUCAUACGAUCAUAUAUUAACCUGCUGGAGAGGUCUAAUCAAAAAGCGUUUAUAACCAAAGGCAUUCUGGGCUGUGUUGAUAGAUACCCAUCAUCUACUUCUAACAGUGAUUCCUUAACGUCUUUGGCUGCUAAGAAUAACGCCUUGAAGAAAACAACAGGAGAGUUGGCGUACCAAGUGGUAGAGCUGCAGCAGGAGAUUAAAAUCAAGGAAUCUGUACUGGAAGAGCAACAUGCCAGAUUGUGCGAAGUGAAGGCUCGUCUACUGGGUGUGGAUACUGACUACGGGAACCUGCAGGCCCGAGUCGCGGAGGUGCAGGGGGGGAACCGUACUCUGAAGCGAGAGUACGACUCCCUCCUGAAGCAGCACCAUGACAUGGAUGCCAUUUUCCGGGAGGAGAAGGUGAAGGGGUCAGAGCUGCUGGAGGACUUGAUAGGGCGGAAGCAGGUUGCAGCCGUAUGGAUGAACAGCCGUAACGAGAGAAGAGUGAGAGCAAGAGAGGUGAUCCUUCAGAAGGAACUGGAGACAGCUGCUGAGAUGAAAGUGAACAUUGAUGUAGCGUGUGUGAGUGCCCCAUGCUCCAGAGCUGCUUCUCCUGUAAGUGAGACGGCGGCCAAGUUGGAGAGGUGCCACGCUCGACUUUUCAGGUCAGCUUCUGCAACAUCUCCCCGAAUACUGAACUCCAUUAAAGAGCUGUUUGAGAGGAAGAGACGAGGAAAGUCGGUGUGCAGUCUGGAGGAGGACCUGUACGUCCCAGUAGGGUUCUGCGUGGCAGCCAGGGUACCUGCUAAAGCCCUGCACGUGUUGGAUGCACAUGAGUUGGGCAUCAAUGCUGUGCGAUUCAGCUCCAAUUCUAAUGUGCUGGCCACAGGGGGCACUGACCGGGUGAUCAAGCUCUGGGACGUGAAAGCAGGCAUGCUUCACAUCCGAGGAACACUAGAUGGCAGUAAUGAAGGAAUAACAAGCAUCGAGUUUGACCCUACGGGAACCAGGAUCUUGGCCGGCUCGUAUGAUAAGUCUGCACUGUUCUGGCGACUGGACGACAGUGUUCCCAAGCUCACCCUGACGGGCCACUCACGCAAAGUCACGGCGGCCAAGUUCAAAUCCAGCCUGCACCAGGUGGUGACCGGAAGUGCAGACAGGACCGUGAAGGUCUGGGAUCUCCAGCGUGCCGCGUGUGUACACACCUUUGAGGUCCUCUCUUACUGCAGCGACGUGGUGUGCUCAGAGUACUUCAUCAUCAGUGGACAUUACGACCACAAGAUUCGCUUCUGGGACAGUAGGGCUGCAAGCUGCACACAGGAGGUCCCUCUGCAAGGGAAAGUGACGUCGCUGGAUAUCUGUCAAGAUCACAGGCAGCUGCUCAGCUGCUCCAGGGACGACUGCCUGCAGGUGGUGGACCUGAGGAUGAACAACUCCAGGUUGUGCUUCAGAGCCGACGGCUUCAAGUGUGGUUGUGACAGCACCAAGGCUGUAUUCAGUCCUGAUGGAAGCUAUUUGGCUGCUGGCUCGGCGGACGGGACCGUCUACAUCUGGAACGUCAGCACAGGCAAUCUGGAGACCAGCUUACCUGACAUGCACAGCUCCUCCAUCAACGCAGUGUCGUGGUCCACGUCGGGGGGGUUUGUGGUGAGUGUUGACAAGACUCGACGGGCCGUCCUUUGGAGCGACAUUUGAACAGCUCCUGGAUGGCGAGGACUUCAGAUUACUUUUGGAGGUCACGUUGUCAUGGUAGCAACCCGCACCCCCCCCCCCCCCCCAUCUUCAUGAAGUGAAGAAGAAUAA